UCAGGGCAGGGUUUUGGGAGUGGACGCCACAUGGAGGGGACAGCGCCUCCGGGCCAUAUGUGUCUACGCUCCGGUGGAGGCCUCGUCCCGUAUAACUCUCUUUGAAGAGUUGUCCCCGUUCUGUGUCACAGAUCGACACUUGAUUUUAGGAGGGGACUUUAACAUCUCGUUGGAGGGUAGGCAGGAUGUCAGCUCAGGGCAUUUUCGCCAUUUUAUUCGUUCCUUUAAACUUGUUGACGGUUUUAAAACAUGCAACCCCAGCAUGCCGGGCUUCACCUGGCAUAAUAGUCGCGGAGCCAGCAGCCGCAUCGACUACAUUUUAGCUUCACCCCCCGUUGCUUUUAAAAAGGUGUCCCUCUCCCCACAGUGGCCCACUGACCAUCUGGCAGUGGAGGCCACUGUCUCCAUAGACGCCCCUGUAUAUGGGGGCGGCUAUUGGAAAAUGAACCUGCAGAUCCUGGAGGAGAGAGAUUUUAGACACCUUUUUUUAGAUCACUUCUCCGAGUGGCAGAAGGACAAGCCUACCUUCCCCUCCGUGGCCGAAUGGUGGGAGAGUGUGAAGGACAGGAUCCGAACCUUCUCCAUGCAGUACAGCAAGCAGCGCAGGAUGGAGAAGAAGUUCUCCAUUCUGCGGCUGGAGAGAAGGUUGCGGGAUGAAUACGCCGCUCACAACAACGGGGGCACCAUCAACCACGAGCGGCUGCUUGACAUAAAGGAGCCAGGGAAGCCCGGGAGGAGAAGAGCUUUAGCUCUCUCCGUGCCUCAAAUGGCAACACAGUCACGGAUACAUCAGACAUGCUGGAGUGACAUCCGGGACGGCUUAGAAGCCCCCAUCACCUUGGCCGAGCUGACCGCAGUGCUUGGCAAGAUGAACCGCCGCAAGGUACCUGGCCUUGAUGGGCUCCCGGUGGAAUUUUAUUCCACCUUUUGGGAUGUCCUCGGGCCGGAAUUACUGCAGGUUGUAGAGGACGUUCAGCGCCGGGGUUUGCUCACUAGGAGCAUGAGGUCGGGGGUCCUCUCUUUGUUGCACAAGAAGGGCGAUCGGGCCGACCUUGGCAACUGGAGGCCCCUGACCAUGCUUUGUGUAGACACAAAGCUCAUCGCAAAGACCCUUACCGAACGCCUGAAGAAGGCCAUGGCUCAUCUGGUUCACAGCGACCAGACGUGUGGAGUACCGGGUCGAUCGGCGACGUGGAAUCUCCACCUCAUCCGCGACGCCAUCGCCUGGGUGGAGGAUAGGAACCUCCCUCUCCUGCUGGUCAGCUUGGACCAGGAGAAAGCCUUCGACCGGGUAGAUCACCGCUUCCUGUUCAAAGUAUUGGGUAAGUUUGGCUUCGGGCCCAAUUAUCUGGGGUGGUUACACACUUUGUAUAACGAAGUUGGGAGCCAUGUUGUUAUCAAUGGCUUCCUGAGUGAUUUGGUGCCCCAGCGGAGUGGAGUGAGGCAGGGAUGUCCCCUCUCCCCCCUCCUCUACGUGCUCUAUAUAGAGCCACUGGCGUGCGCCAUUCGCACCCACCCCGGGGUCGAUGGCCUUCUUAUCCCAGGAAGUCGGGGGACAACUGUUAAACUGACCCAGUAUGCAGACGACACCACGCUUUUCGUCAGCUCGGAUCAGUCUCUCAGUCAUGCCUUGAGCCUCGUUCACGCGUUCGGUUGGGCCUCUGGCGCGACGCUCAACCUCAGUAAGUCGGUGGCCAAGUAUUUCGGCAGCUGGAAGGCGAGGGAGGACGUCGCAGGUGGUCUCACCCUCUGUGACGGUCCUCUCAAAGUUUUGGGGGUCAACUUCCUUUCGGAUGGUGCCGCCCGGUUGAACUGGGAGGAGCGGUUGGCGAUCGCCAGGCGGAAGAUCGGACUGUGGAAGUCCAGGUCCCUGUCCUUCCAAGGUAAGGUUUUAGCCUUAAAAGUGGAUAUUCUUCCCACCCUGCUCUACCUUGCACAUGUGUACCCUUUGCCCCGCUUCAUGCGGAGGGGCCUGACGAGGGACGUUUUUAACCUCGUCUGGGGGGGCAGGUAUGAGUACGUGCGUAGGGAAGUGAUGUAUCUCGGAAAGGACAGGGGGGGGAGGGACGUUAUUGACUUUCCUCUCAAGCUUGACUGCCUGUUCUUCUCGCAGCUCUGCACGCGCCUGGCAGCUCCCCUCGAGCACCCCCAUCAGCACUUUGUGCGUCUGUGGCUGGCUCUCCCCAUGAGACGUCUGGUGACAUCGUGGACCAACCUCGGCCCCAAGGCUGAGACCCUGCCGGUCCACUACAGCCACGCUGUCAAGUGGAGUAAGUCUAUUCUGGCAGGUGUCAAGACAGAGGCCCUGACCAAGCACAGAGCCCUUUACAAGGCUUUGCUUGGUCAUAGGGAGACUCGGGCCAUGUUGGGCCUGGAGGAAGGCACAUGGGCGAGAAUCCAGCCUAAGGGUUUGGAUCACAGGCUGCAGGACCUGAACUGGCAGUGCCUUCAUGGUAAGCUGCCAGUCAGGGACGUCUUGCACAGGCAUAAGCUGACCAGACACCCCCGCUGCCCCAGGCCCGAGUGCAGCGAGGAUGAGACCAUCAAGCACGUGUUUUGGGACUGCGGGCAUGCACAGAGAGUCUGGGGGUUGGUAGCGGGCCUGUGUGGACGUGUAGACCCGCAGCCCGGUCUGACCUACGACAAGGUGUUGAAGGGGUGGGACCCCAACCUCCAUAACCCCUUCGGCCCCUGGAUGUGGCUGCUGGUCAGCAUUACCAAGCGAGAGCUUUGGAAUGCCAGGACCGCGCUCAUCCGCAGAGGGGUUCAUCUGGAGGCACAAGGGGUAUUCCGCAAAAUUCGGGCCGAUUUGGGUUUCAGGAUGGAGACCGACGUCAUCCAACGGGGCUACCACGAGGCCAAGGAGAGGUGGAAGGGCCUCUUUUGGCUUUAG